AUGGCGGCGAACCCUUUUCUUCUUCCCAUCAUAUACUCUUCUUCUUCUUCUUCUUCUAAUUAUUCAUCGUCACCAAUGUUCCCUCUCUUGUUUUCAUUUUUCAUUCUUUUUCUCUCCCUCUUCAUUCUAAUAUUCUCUCUCUACACUUUCAAGAACAUCAGGAAUAAUAACCACAACAACGCACACCAAAUACAUGGACAAGCUCAAAAAAUCCCAUCUUUACAUGUAAAUAACAGUGAAGUUGAUAGAAAUAAUAGUAUCCAGGAACCCGACCCAGUGAAUUUGACCAGUUCGCUUCUUCUAGAGAUCUUGCCUUCCAGUUCUGCGAAAUGGGACAACCUUUUCAGUGGUGAAAAUGAAAUUUGCGAUGAUACGAACGGGUCGGGUCAGGAGGAGAAGAAGAGGAAGAAGAAGCGGGCCAAGAAGAAGAGACCCGACCCGGAUGACGAGGCGAAAAAAGAGGUGGAUGGGUUGGUUUGUUUGUGCCCGUUUACGAAGUCUUCCAGUGCAACUCAGAGGAAGAUUAAGCUGCAGUAUGAUCAACUUGUCAAGUCCCAUGAGUCCAAUGCCUUAACUCCGUCUCAGGUUGGACAGUUCGUCACUUGCCUCAUUGAAGUGAAAGAUGAGUUACAUCACAAGUCUGAGGUCGUCAAGAGGAAGUUCACAAUAACCAAAGCCCUAUUAUGCAAGGCGGACAGAUCUUCAUUUGACCGUCUAUGUCAACAGAUAUUCAAGUUACAAUUAGAACAAAAAAGACUUGAAGAGGAUGCUUUUGUAUAUAACUGGCUCCAACAAAAGAUUAAGCACUUGCCUGCAUACAAGAAGAUGCUUGAACUCGGUGCUUGCAUGGAUAUGAAAGCAAACUCUGGCGAGCUCGUGGAGAAUACAGAUGCCGACCUUUCUGAUAUAUCCUUCGAAGAGUUGCUAGCACAGGAAAAGAAGGACGUAUUUUGGCAGAGAAAUGGGAGAUUUAAAGCAUGUACCGGCUGA